AUGGGGCAAUACAGAGUGCCUCAUCUCUGCUGCAGGUACAGCCGGGGCACUGGCAGUCGGCGUCCUUCGUACAGGGAUCUCCUACGUCAUAGAUUGCCUCGCCAGGCAGCUCUCCCCCAGGAUUGUAUUCACACACCACAACCGUCCAUGAGCCCCAACAAGGUACAACUACACAACCAAUUCUGUCGCUCGACUGCCACGCUAACUGACUGUAUUUAUUUAAAGUCGUGUAAAUGUUCAUCGUGAAGACGUUGUUCUCAGGUACACCAUAUUUUUGUAAAUCACCGAAUCAGGCUGCGACGGCCUCUGCUGCAGCCUCUGUCUUGUUAUCAGUGUUGGACGACAUCAUUUGCAUGUUAUUCCCCCAUCGCUUUAACAUCGCAGCAGUGUUGA